AGCCCGGCUUCCGCCCCGCCCUGGUGGCUAACGAGCGGGCUCAGGCGGGAGCGAGCGUUCGCAGCAGACCGCGCAGGUCGGGGCAGCCCGGGUCGGCGCGCGCGGUCUCGGCCUUCGGCGACUUUUCGGGUCGUGUUGGCUUCUUGUGAAGAUGAAGUUGAGCUAAGACGACGGAUUUAGCACACGGAGGACCUGUUACCUUUCAAUACUUGGGUCAGAAGAUGAAUCCUCCUAACCCUUUCAGUGGGCAGCAGCCUGGUGUGUUUUCAUCGCCUUCCAGUAGUACCUUAGGAGCGUUUCACGCGAAGCCGCCAUUCCGAUUUGGUCAGCCUUCUCUUUUUGGACAAAACAAUACAUUAUCUGGGCCAAGCUCAGGAUUUCCACAGGUAUCUAACUUUCCAGCAUCUUCUGGAGUUAGUCAUUCCUCUUCAGUGCAAACAUUAGGAUUUUCCCAAGCUUCCAAUGUUGGACUCUUUUCUGGACUUGAGCACACUUCCACCUUUGUGGCUACCUCUGGGCCAUCAAGUUCAUCUGUGCCUGGAAAUCCGGGAUUUAGUUUUAAAUCACCCACCAACCUUGGGGUUUUCCCCAGUACUUCUCACUUUGGACCAGAAGCUGGAGAAAGAGCAAGCUCUGGUUUUGGGAAAACAGAAUUCAGCUUUAAACCCCUGGAAAAUGCAGUGUUCAGACCAAUACUGGGGGCUGAAUCUGAGCCAGAGAAAACCCAGAGCCAAAUUCCUUCUGGAUUUUUCACAUUUUCACACCCAAUUAGUAGUGGACCUGGGGGACUGGCCCCUUUUUCUUUUCCUCAGGUGACAAGUAGCUCAUCUACCAAUUCAAACUUCACCUUUUCGAAGCCAGUUAAUAGUAAUAACUCGUCAUCUGCCUUUUCCCCUGCUUUGUCAAACCAAAAUGUAGAGGAAGAGAAGAAAGCCCCUAAAUCACCGUUUGGAAGUUCUAAUAGUAGCUUCACUAGCUUCCCUGUAUCAUCUGCAGGGUGUUUGGGUGACCCCUUCGCAGGAGGCAAAACAGGUGCCAGACAAGGCUGUGAAGAAGCUGUUUCACAGGUGGACCCACUUCCCAGCCUCAUGAAAGGACUGAAAAGGAAGGAGGAUCAGGACCGCUCCCCAAGGAGACACGACCGGGACACAGUGGAAGACUCGGACCCCCUGUCCCGGGGCGACCACCCUCCGGAUAAGCGGCCCGUCCGCCUGAACCGACCCCGGGGAGGCACACUGUUUGAUCGGACCUUACAGGAUGUCUUGAAGAGCAAUAAAGAAAUAGGUCGCCUGGGCAACAAAGAACCUAAAAAGGACAUCAGCUGUGUCAAGUCUGAGGAAAAUGACCACAUGGCCGUGCCAGGCGGGACUCAGUCUGUCUUGGCACUUUCCAGGCUUCCUAGUGUGAAUAAAGAGGAAGAAAUUGAAGGUAGAGAUAAAAAAGAAGAUUCUCUGAGAGGAACGCCUGUGCGUCAGAGCAAAAGAAGCGAGAGCACAGACAGCCUUGGGGGCUCGUCUCCUGCUGAAUUCACGGCCAUCCAGUGCAAGAACAUCCCUGAUUGUCUCAACGACAGAACCAUCCUAGAAAACCACUUCAACAAAAUCGCCGCGGUGCAGCGCGUGUCUACCAGGCGCAGCAAAAAGCUCGCUGUGGUGUAUUUUUCCGAUCAUGCAUCUGCAGCCAUGGCGAGGAAGAAGGGGAAAGGUCUGCAUAAAGACAUGGCUAUCUUCUGGCAUAAGAAGAAAAUAAGCCCCAAUAAGAAGCCCUUUGCCCUCAAGGAGAAGCAGCUAGGUGACAGUGAAGUGAAUCCCAGCCCAGAAGAUGCAUCUUCCCAGCAUUCUCCAUUGCGCAAGCCCGUGGGCAGGAUGGCAACUGGUGGUGGCCUGCUGAGUAAAAGCUCUCCCGUGAAGAAGCCAGGUAUCCUAAAGACCCUGCAGUUUGAGGGAGACCCCUUUGAUUCUGGCUCCGAGGCCUCCGAGGGCCUUGGGCCCUGUGUGUCCUCCCUCAGUGCUCUGGUGGGCACCGUGGCCGAGACUUCAGAGGAGAAGUACCGCCUACUGGACCAGAGGGACAGGGUCAUGCGACAAGCUCGGGUGAAGAGGACCGACCUGGACAAAGCGAGGACCUUUGUAGGAACAUGCCCCGACAUGUGUCCUGAGAAGGAGCGAUACAUGCGGGAGACCAGGAGCCAGCUGAGCGUGUUUGAAGUGAUCCCCGGGACAGACCAGGUUGACCACGCGGCGGCCGUGAAGGAGUACAGCCGGUCCUCGGCCGAUCAGGAAGAGCCCCUACCACACGAGCUGCGGCCCUCGGCAGUGCUCAGCAGGACCAUGGACUACCUGGUGACCCAGAUCAUGGACCAGAAGGAGGGCAGCCUGCGCGACUGGUACGACUUCGUGUGGAACCGGACACGGGGCAUUCGGAAGGACAUCACACAGCAGCACCUGUGUGACCCCAUGACGGUGUCCCUGAUUGAGAAAUGCACACGCUUCCACAUCCAUUGUGCCCACUUCAUGUGUGAGGAGCCCAUGUCCUCCUUCGAUGCCAAGAUCAACAAUGAGAACAUGACCAAGUGCCUCCAGAGUCUGAAGGAGAUGUACCAGGACCUGAGGAACAAGGGCGUCUCCUGUGCCAGUGAGGCAGAGUUCCAGGGUUACAACGUGCUGCUCAACCUCAACAAGGGGGACAUCCUGAGAGAAGUGCAGCAGUUCCCCCCUGCUGUUAGGAACUCCUCCGAGGUGAAGUUUGCCGUCCAGGCCUUUGCUGCGCUGAACAGUAAUAACUUUGUGAGAUUUUUCAAACUGGUCCAGUCUGCAUCUUACCUGAGUGCUUGUCUUCUACAUUGUUAUUUUAACCAGAUCCGCAAAGACGCACUCAGGGCGCUCAACGUGGCCUACACGGUGAGCACACAGCGGUCCACUGCCUUCCCCCUGGACAGCGUGGUGCGCAUGCUGCUCUUCCAGGAUGGCGACGAGGCGGCCGACUUCCUCAGCUACCACGGCCUGGCAGCUUCUGACGGCUGUGUCGAGCUGAACCGGUCGAUGUUCCUGGAGCCAGAGGGCUUAUCCAAGGCCAAGAAGUCGGUGUUCAUCAGCCAGAAGCUGACGGUGUCGGUUGGGGAGAUUGUGAAUGGGGGGCUGCUGCCCCCUGCCCCCUGCCACAUACCCGUGUGCAGCUUCAACUCCCAGAACAAGUAUGUCGGGGAGAGUCUGGCUAUGGAGGCGGCUGCUGGCCCCCAGAGACCCAGCACGGAGGCCACCGGUGGUGGGAGAGGAGAGGUAUGCAACACAGAGCCGGCCGUGUCCCUGCCUGGGCUGCUCCUGCAGCCACUGGCCGCCGCCCCUGUGUCUCUGCCUCAAGUCCCAGCCCCACCCAUGGCUGCGGCCCCCAGCCUCUUCCAGCCAUCCGUGCAGCCAGAGCUCCUCCCGCCGAGGCUGGCACCCGUCUACUCUGACGCGGACAUUGGGCAGGUGGUGGAUGAGAUCAUCCAGGAGGUUCUCCAACGGGACUGUGAAGAGAUCGGCGCUAUCGGGAUGGCGUACACGGUCAUGGCCCUGGGCGUGUCCAGUGAGGCUGCAGAGGAGCUGCUGGUAGCCGCCACCGAGGGUAUGAUGAGGGCUAUAGCAGCCGAGGGCGUAAGCGAGGUGCGGGCACGGGCAGAGGAGGAACAGCGGCGGGCAGAGCAGGAGAGGUUGAAACAGGAGCGAGAGCUGAUUUUAACUCAGCUGAGCCAGGGCCUGGCUGCGGAGCUGACGGAGCUAGUGGUGACAGACUGUGUCAGCGAGACUGCAACCCAGGAGCUGAAGUGUGCGGUGGAGGCUGACCAGAGGGCCCGGCUGGACCGCUGCUGUGAGGAUGUCUGUGCCCACUUGGUGGACUUGUUCUUGGAGGAGGAAAUUUUUCAGACAGCAAAGGAGACCCUUCAGGAGCUUCAGUGCUUCUGCAAGUAUUUACAGCGGUGGAGGGAUGCUGUUGCAGCCCGGAAGAAGCUAAGGCGCCAGAUGCGGGCCUUCCCUGCAGCCCCCUGUGGUGUGGACGCAGCCGACCGGCUGAGGGCACUGGCCCCAAGUGCUGAGUGCCCCAUCACUGCAGAGAACCUGGCCCGUGGCCUCCUGAAUUUGGGCCAUGCGGGCAAGCUGGGUGUCUCCUGUACCAGACUGAGGCAGCUCAGGGACAUGGCUGCUCACCGCAUGAAAGUCCAGCAUUUCCACCAGCAGCUGCUGAGGGAUGCAGUGUGGGCACCUCUGGACCUGCCGACCCUUGUGGCCGAGCACCUUCCUGGGUGGCGGGAGCACAUGUUCUGGAAGCUGGUGCUGGUGCUGCCCGACGGAGAGGAGCUGUCCCCAGGGAGUCCCAGCAGAACUCUGGCAGAUUGGCUAAAGGUUAAGUUCAUGGGAGACGGAGGCCCGGCGGAUGGUGCAGGUGGUGAUGCAGGCGGGAUCCAGACACUUGCUCUGGCAAGCACUCUCAGCAGCAGAGGGAGCCAGCCCAUGUAUGUCAGCGUGUGUGUGAAGGUGGCUUGUGGCACCCUCAGCGACCGUGCCCUCGAUGCCGUGGAGACGCAGAAGGACCUCCUGGGUGCCAGUGGGCUGCUGCUGCUGCUGCCCCCCCGAGUGCAGAGCGAGGACCUGGCUGAGGAAGACGUGUACUGGCUGUCGGCCCUGCUGCAGCUCAAGCAGCUCCUGCAGGCCAAGCCCUUCCAGCCCGCGGUCCCACUGGCCGUGCUUGCACCCAGCCCAGCCGAGGACACUGUUGAGAGCGACGUGGAGGACGGCCUGAUGCUGCAGGAUUUGGUGUCGGCCAAGCUGAUCUCAGAUUACACUGUUAUCGAGAUUCCAGAUUCCAUCCGUGACUUACGAGGCACCACUAAGGUCUCGCAGGCUGUGCAGUGGCUGGUAUCUCGCUGCCCCAGUGCCCUGGACCUCUGCUGUCAGCCGCUCACCCAGUACAUUGAGGACGGAGUGGCCCGGGAGUUCGGUGGCCGGUUCUUCCAUGACCGGCGGGAGCGGCGGCUGGCCGGGCUGGCCUCACAGGAGCCAGGAGCUGUCAUUGAGCUCUUCAAUAGUGUGCUUUACUUCCUGGCCACCGUGGCCUCCUUCCAGCAGCUCUGUGAUCUGUCCUGGCCCAUCACGGAGUUUGCUGAGGUGGGAGGCAGCCGGCUGCUGCCCCACCUACACUGGAACAGCCCAGAGCACCUGGCUUGGCUGAAGCAGGCAGUGCUUGCCUUUCAGAUCCCUCAGAUGGACCUCCCGCCGCCUGGGGCACCCUGGGCCCCCGUCUGCACCAUGGUCCUCCAGUACGCAUCGCAGAUCUCUAACUCACGCCAGGCGCAGCCUGUUCUGCAGUCCCAGGUGGAGAGCCUGCUCAGCAGGACCUACAGCAGGUGGAGGAGCCGGAACCCUACACCGGGCCAGGCAGCAGGGCCCUCGGUCGCCGAGAUCCCAUGGGACGACUUCCUUGCCCUGUGCAUUGACCACAAGCUGCAAGACUGGGCGCCCCCCCGGCUCCCCAUUGCCUCAGAAGCACUGAGCGAAGAUGGUCAGAUAUGUGUGUACUUUUUUAAAAACCAUUUGAAAAAAUACGAAGUCCCUUUGUCAUGGGAACGAGCCAGAAUCCAGACGCAGAAGGAGAUACAGCAGAGCCGGGUUCGCGAGUGUAGCCCACGUGGGCAGGCCCUGCAGGCCCUCAGAAGAGCCUGUCCCUGCGCAGCGGGAGCUGCCCUGGAGCCACUCGUGUCUUCUGUGAUGCGAUACGACGCCAUGCCUGACAGGAGAGCCGGGAGAGAAAGUGACCCAUAACCCCGGCUGAGAAAUGCUGAGCGGGUGCAGCAGGGCCGCCACAGUGUGCUGAGCUCGCAGGGAGCACGUGCUGGCUGGAGUGCAUUUCUUAAAAUCCAGGCCCACUCCUCAUCUCUGUCGAGCUUGGGGGAGAAAGUCCUUAUCUUGAAAAGGCUAUCCACUGUAAAACUAUCCCAAAACUAUGCUUCUUGAUAAGACGUUAGAAAUACGGCACUCGACCCAGAGCGAUACCACCAUCAACGCUGCCAUCCUCAUUGUCCUGUAGACCCUGACUGAGUAGAGCAGGGAGGGUGCGUUGUCGGAGGAGAGCAGAAAUCUUGUUUCUGGAUAGCACGUUGUUGGUCCGAGAUGAUCAGCAGUCAGACUGUCAACAUUUCACGGUCCAGCAGGCUGAUCAGAGAGAUCGGCCUGCGGUAUAGCAAGUUCCCAUCCAUGGCCACAGCAAGCCGACCACACAGGGGCAUGGAAGACGGGAGGCUGAACCCCUAGUAUGUGAGGCCAGGUCUGCAUUGAGGGGAGGAUACGGAGCUGUAACAACGCCACUCCCAAAUGGUGAAGUCAGCUCAUUUCCAGCCAGGAAAGCACCCUUCUGGCUUCCCCUGGAACCAAAUAAGUUAAUUCUAAAAUUUUUCAGGAUGAGAAGCUGUAUGAUCACAGAAAAAAAAAAUUUUUUUAAUAAUUGUGCUUUAAGUGAAAGUUUACAAAUCAAGUCAGCUUCUCACACAAAAACUCAUAUACACCUUGCUACACACUCCCAAUUACUCUCCCCCUAAUGAGGCACCCUACUCUCUCCCUCCACUCUCUUUUCGUGUCCGUUUUGCCAGCUUCUAACCCCCUCCACCCUCUCAUCUCCCCUCCAGGCAGGAGAUACCAACAUAGUCUCAAGUGUCCACCUGAUCCAAGACGCUCACUCCUCACCAGCGUCCCUCUCCCACAACCCAUUGUCCAGUCCAAUCCAUGUCUGAAGAGUUGGCUUUGAGAAUGGUUCCUGUCCUGGGCCAACAGAAGGUCUGGGGGCCGUGACCACUGGGGUCCUUCCAGUCUCAGACCAUUAAGUCUGGUCUUUUUAUGAGAAUUUGGUGUGUGCAUCCCCUGCUCUCCUGCUCCCUCAGGGGUUCUCUGUUGCGUUCCCUGUCAGGGCAGUCAUCGGUUGUAGCCUGGCACCAUCUAGUUCUUCUGGUCUCGGGAUGAUGUAGUCUCUGGUUCAUGUGGCCCUUUCUGUCCCUUGGGCUUGUAAUCGCCUUGUGCCCUUGGUGUUCUUCAUUCUCCUUUGAUCCAGGUGGGUUGAGACCAAGUGAUGCAUCUUAGAUGGCUGCUUGCUAGCAUUUAAGACCCCAGAUGCCACUCUUCAAAGUGGGAUGUAGAAUGUUUUCUUAAUAGAUUUUAUUAUGCCAGUUGACUUCGAUGUCCCCUGAAAUCAUGGUCCCCAGACCCCUGCUCCUGCUACGCUGGCCUUCAAAGCAUUCAGUUUAUUCAGGAAACUUCUUUGCUUUUGGUUUAGUCCAAUUGUGCUGACCUCCCCUGUAUUGUGUGCUGUCUUUCCCUUCACCUAAAGUAGUUCUUAUCUACUAUCUAAUUAGCGAAUGCCCUUGUACCACCCUCCCUCCCCACUCUUGUAACCACAAAAGAAUGUUUUCUUCUCAGUUUAAACUAUUUCUCAAGUUCCUAUAGUAGUUAUCACGGAAAACUUUGAGAAGAAAGGAACAAGGACAGUUGGUGCAACCUGGUUUCAAAACAUGUAGUAAAGCUAUGGGAUUUAAAACUGUGUGGCAGUGCAGAAAUAGACCACUGGACCAGAAUGGAACUGUGUGCGACAGGGUCCAUGUCAAGUGGGAAAUGAGUGGGAAGGAUGGGCUCUUCGUCACUGUGGUGGGUUAAUGCAUCUGUUAGGAAAAACAUCAGAUUUCCUCUUCCUGCAUUUGCAAACAUGACUCCUGGCAGAUUUAAGAACAACACUUAAAAGCUGAGCCUUGCCCAUGUUUAGAAGCAAUGGAGGAUCUAUUUGUCACUCUGGGUGGGACGGAAGGUUCAGAGUGGACAUGCCCUCACGGCAGUGGAAACUUCUGGCAGCGCAGGCAUGAAGGCAGGAUGUGGUGCCGCGUGGGCGAGGGUCUGCAUAGUGCAGGCAGGGGUGGAAGCAGCAUCUGAGGCUCUGUGUCGGCAGUGUUGGCACCCACAGAUGGUGAGGUAGGGUCCUACUUUACUCUCCUGACUGUAACUCUGAG